AUGCCAAUUGAUCAAGAAAAAUUAGCUAAGUUGCAGAAGUUGUCUUCCAACAACAAGGUUGGUGGUACUAGAAGAAAGAUGGGUAAAAAGACUGGCUCUUCUGCAUCUUCAAACAAGGAUGAUACCAAAUUGCAAGCUCAAUUGGCUAAAUUGCAUGCUGUCACCGUCGACAACGUUGCUGAAGCUAACUUCUUCAAGGAUGACGGUAACGUUAUGCACUUCAACAAGGUUGGUGUUCAAGUAGCUCCUCAACACAACACUUCUGUUUUCUACGGUCUUCCACAAGAGAAGGGUCUACAAGAAUUGUUCCCUAACAUUAUCUCUCAAAUGGGCCCUGAAGCUAUCCAAGCUUUGACACAAUUAAGUGCUCAAAUGCAACAGGCUCAACAAGUCCAAAAGCCUGAUGCCGAUGCAGCUGCUGGUGCCGAGAAGAAAGACGAAGGUAUUCCAGAACUAGUGGAAGGUCAAACUUUUGAUGCUGAUGUCGAAUAA